AUGGCUGAAGAUACACCUCCAGCGGGUGGAGAACAAACACCAGUUAGAAGGAGUAGCCGGAUAAAGCGACUCCAAGAACGCGCCAGACAGAGCGGCCAAAGGGGACCUGACCAAAAUCAGAACACGAGAAAUGCGAAUUCUCGAACUCCGCGCUCCCGUUCGAUCCGAUCUCAACAGAAUAAUGCAAACUCUGCACUCCCAACUCGACGACGACGCAAUCGUCCUCCAACUGCGGGUGUCGUCGGGCGACGCACAAGGCGGGACAGAUCGGAGACUGAUCAGAGUCCAGCGCCAGCUUCGUCUCCGACUCCGAAUGAAAGUGAAUCAAGGCCAAGUACGAGGGCCUUUUUCGACAACUUGAUGUCGAAUCGUCGAAGACGAAGAACUCGAAGACGAGUCAGAGUCCAACGAUCGCCAUCUUCCGACAGCUUGGGUCCAAUCGUCACCGACGACAUGGAUCUAGAAACACGGCGGCGAGUACGCGCGCGCCGCGUGGCCAGCUUCCAUCAGCGCCUCCGCCAACAACGAAGACAGCGGGUAGUCCCAAGAGCUGCGCCACUUCGACUUCCUCUUGGGACAGAAGCGGCCAGAGAGGAGAGACGCCACGAAAUGGUGAUUGAAGAAGCGCGAGCACAGAUUGCCAGUGCUGAUCGACUACUGGCACGAAGAGAGGUGGUCGAACGACGAGAGCGGCGAUGGCAGCAACAACUGGAACGAGCUGAUCAGCUGGUCAGAGAUGCAGAGAGCGGAAAUGUCGACUUAUCAGGAGCGAUUGGGCUUCCAGCAGACCUGGUUGCUGAAGAACAGCGUCGGCAAAUCAACGACUACGUCAACCGUGCUCAAAUUAUCAGAAGCACUGUUGAGCGAGAGCGGCGAAACGCAACGCCGACUCUUUUUAUUUCCUCGGACGAAGAAGAGGCAAUAGAUACGGAUUUCCGAAGGCUGGAGCGACAAGUGUCUGAGAUCACCACAGCUAUUGACAUUUCGAGCGAUUCAAGCGAUAGCGGCUCUGAUGUCCCAGACCCUUGGGAAAAUCUGGCGGCACAUGUCCGUGGAGCGGAGACAGCAACGAAUGCCGUGCGAGACGUUGUUGUGCGCGUUGAGCGAAUGAGCAACAACGCCGCGCAGAAUCGAGGAAAUCAAGGAGGAGAGGCGCAACAACCUCGGCAGUCAUUGAUUCCAAGACGAAGCAAUCGAAUUCGACGAGGUCAAGAGCAGCCUUCCCAAAAUGAUCACAAUCAAGUUAAUUCUGCAGGAGUAACUCCUCCUCGCCCGCCAGGGGCCCGUAGACACAGGAUAUUUGCAAAUUUCCCUGAUUUCGGGGACUUUGACUAUCGCCCAGGAAGAGAGACUCCUCAGCAGCCAAGCGUCGAGCGAGUUCGGGAAAUAAUGAAUGAGUCUGAUCGCGAUCGUGGUCAGACUCGUGGAGAAAGCUUUCUGGAACGAUUGAGCGCGAUUCGCAGGGAGCACCCCUUCCGCCCAACAGCAAGAAUCAGCACCGCCUCACGAUCCCAGCGAUAUGAUCCUUGGAGAAGUCUUGCUCGAGCCAAUCGGCCACCGACUGCAAGACGAAGAAUCCAGGCUGCGCGAGAAGAAACACAAGCUCGUGAUAAUAGGCAGCUUCCAGGACAUGCAUAUCUUGACGCGAUGAGUGGCCUCAGAGAGAGAAUUGGCCCGACAUCGCUCCCGAGCUACAACGCCUGGCUUGACGCCCAUCGCACACCUCCCCAGCAACUUGAACGACGGCGUCAACCAGCUGCCAACGCAGCAGAUAUUGAAGAUUUUCUUCAACCGCAAAACCCUGAGAACCGAGAGGACCGAUUCGUAGAUGAUUCAGGAGGAUUAGUGAAUGUGCGUCAGUUGCAAUUCUGGUCCGACUUGGUGCAGUUUGACUUGCUCAACAUUGGAAAUCAUCAUGCAGGGCUCACAAAGUCGCAAGUCGAGCGACUUCCUCGACGAAAAUUUCGACAGACACGAUCUACCAUGCACGAGAGCUGCCACAUCUGCCUGAAUGACUUUGAAAAUGGCCAAGAGCUCUACCGUCUUACGACUUGUAAGCACGAUUUCCACACCGCUUGUCUUCAACCUUGGGUAGAGAAGCAUAAAACAUGCCCAGUUUGCCGCCAAGACAUCGUCGUUUCCGGCGCCAGUGGACGCCCCCAAGUGCGGCAAAUCAUCCCAAAUGAGCCCAUUUUUCUCUGA